AUGUCGUCCCGACCAUCUUCAGCUCGUCCUAAAACUUCAGCUGGUUUGCGUUCCACUUCCGCCCGUCUUCACAAGCCAGCAAAUUAUAAAAAUAUCUCUGAGCCACUGGUCACUCAUAUGGUGAUGACUUCAGACCCAGUUGCGUCAGCAGAAGUAAUUCGAUCAGUGAGUCGACCUGGGACCAAACCUUACACAAGACAAUGUACUACAUCACACAGUAAUAGACGAAAUUAUAAUGUAAUGGAUAGUACACAAAGUACCAGACUGUUAUCAACCACCUUGCAAACACCAACACCUAUUUGUAAUGCUAUGCGACCUGUCACGCAACAAGGAUUAACAGGUGUUAGAGCUGUUACCAAGACUGGAGCUGGACGAUUUGUUGUGGAUAAAAAUUAUUAUAUAUCACUUCUUCGAGCUCAGAUGAAUAGUUUAAAGCAAGAAAUACAUCAGCUGCAUAGUGAAUUGAGCAAGGGUGAAUCUGAUCGGCAGAAUUUAUUAAUUUACGAAAAAAAAGCUGAAGAAGAGGCCAAUGAAAUUCGGAUACUUCAAGGACGUCUAAUGGAUUGCAACAAGAUAGUUGACAUGAUGAAUACGAAUUCAGAUUUGCGCGAAAUAAAUGAUGAAUUAAGCAAAUUACAAGGAGAAAAAGUCUUAGCAGAAGAAAGUCUGAAUAAAAUUGUAGAAGACAGACGCAUAAAAGAAGAACGUAUCAAAGAGAUCGAAGACGAAAUCGAACAACAAAAAGUAUACAACAAUAAUGUGCUUAAUUCUGUGAUGUAUGAGUUGAAGCAAAUGGAACUAGACAAAUUGAGCAAGAAAAAAGAUGAACUUGAUCUUGACCUUGCUAAGUCACCACUAAAACAGCAAGCUAUGAUUCUUCAUGAACGUUUGGCAGAAUUGGAAGCAAAAAAGAUAUCAAUAAGUAAUGAAAUAAGUUCCAUAGAUACUCCUCAAGAACAACGUGAACGUUUAUUGCAAGUUGUUAUUCGGACAACCGAGGAAAUCAGCGUAAUAGAUAAACAAUUGAACAAAGUAAAGGAGCAAACUGAGCAAGCUCGAGAAGAAUUACGAGAAUUUGAUAAGGAAAUGGAAAAUGCAGCAGGUGAGAAAAAUGAAAAAUACCAUGACUUGAAACUAAAAGAAAUGCAAAUCGAUGAAUUUCUGAAUUCAUACGCCACUUUGAGAGCAGCAGAAGAAACACGGAUUGAUGAAGCAUCACGUGAUGUGCUUCGCAUUUUAGAACUACUAUCAAUCAAUAUCACGAGCUUAUCUUCAAUUAACGAAUCAAUAAAUCUGAAGUUCAAGCUAUUAAAAUUUGGUGAAAAUGCUUCAACAACAGAAAUGAAAGAAUUAUGUGUUCGCUUACAGUAUGAAUUGAUCAAAGUAAAUGAGACAGAAAAAGAUUUGGAAGUAAACAAUAAAGAAAUUAGUGAAGAAAUGAAUGGAAUGAUUGAAAAGAUGAACAAAUUUGAAAAUUUUGAUGCUUUGAAACUCAAAAAAGAACAAAAGCAUAUGGAACUGCAAGAUCGUCGCAACAGACUGAUCGAACAACUACCUAAAAUCCAAAGUUCAUUCAGAAAUGUAAUGAAAGAAUUAGAUCGCACGAAAUCGCAGUUAGAAAAUAACUUGCAGUACAUCGAAGCAAGCAAAUAUUUUGCAAAUUUAGCCUUAAACAAACGAAGAAAAUAG